GAAAAACUCUACAUGACCUGAAGCUAUUAAGAUCAGAUAUUCAUACAGAGACUGUUUACUUUGGCUUAACAUUUAAGUUUGAUAAAUUUACAGGUCACUCCCUAAGACUAGAGCCUGACAAAUAGAUCUAUAAGAAGUCAUUGAGAGCUACAGCCGAAUGCUUACUUCUGAAUAUCCAAACAAAUCCCUGACUCCUGUUCUGCUUCAGCAAGGCAUUAAAAUGAGUUUUGAGUCCAGAGGAUCCUCCCUUUAAUUCCACAAAUUAGACAGUAGACACUAACACCUAGAGUUAAUCCCUGAAUUCCAUGCCAAGUUGGUUCUGUGUGUAUAAAAAGCCUGGAGUGUAAGUUGGCAGUCACUAAGCUAAGGUGAAGGAGCAUCCAGAUCAUCUCCCAACACUGAAGCAUCAUGGAGUCCAGAGCAUCUCUCUCCAUUCUAGCCUUGCUUAUUGGCUUCACACAAGCCCUCUAUCUCAACCAACCCGAGCACGUGGACAUCACGUCAAGGAUUCUCACCAUCAACAACGGAUCCAGCAAAGAGUUGUUGGAGGGAGACAUACUCUUGCCCAGAAGCAGGAAUGCUCUGGACUGCAGUGACAACAGCUGCUUUUGGAAGAAGUCCUCAAAUGGCCUAGUGCAGGUGCCUUACGUAUUGAGCAAGGUUUUCUCUUCCUCUGACAGGACUGUUAUUACCAAUGCCAUGGCUUCCUUCCACAACAAAACCUGCGUCCGUUUCGUUCCCAGGACAAAUCAAACUGAUUACCUCAGCAUAGAGAGUCAAGAUGGAUGCUACUCUUAUAUAGGCAAAGCAGGUGGUGCUCAGGUGGUCUCUCUCGACAGGUCGGGUUGUGUUUACUACGGCAUCGCCGAGCACGAGCUAAACCAUGCACUUGGUUUCUACCACGAGCAUUGUAGGAGUGAUCGCGACAGGUACGUGACCAUCAACUGGGAAAACAUCGAUCCAUCCUCACAGUCUAGUUUUAAGCUGAGGAACACCAACAACCUCAACACGACGUACGACUACUCUUCUGUGAUGCAUUAUGGAAGAACAUUUUUCUCCAUCAACGGUCUGGACACCAUCACUCCCAUUCCCGAUCCGUCAGUGGAGAUCGGACAGAGAAACGAACUGUCUGCCAUCGACAUCCGGAGGAUCAACAAGCUCUACAAAUGCUGAAAUUCUUCAGAAAUGUUGACUUAAACUUUGCUGUAACAUUGUGUAACUGCCAAAAAUAGAUGACCCAGUAAUGACAUCAUUGCUGUGCUAACAAAAUAUGGAAUCCUACAAUAAAAUGG